AUGUCAUACGGAAACGAGCGCUACGGAGGUGGUGAUGAUGGCGACUACUCUCGCCGUAACGAGGGCAACUACGGUGGCCGUGAUGAAUACGGCGGCGACAACAGAGGUGGCUACGGAGGAGGUGGUCGUCAGGAGUUUGGCAACUCUGGUGGUGACCAAGGAUACGGCGGUCAGAGCGGUAGUUACGGUCAAGGCAACCCCGAACAUGGUCGCCACCACCGCCGUGACGAUGAGGCUGGCUACGAGGACCGCCGUGACGAGUUGAGAAACCACGCACAAUCUGGUUACGGCUCGGUCUCUGGCCCUGGCUACGGCGGCCCUGGCGACAGAGUUAGCUCGAACAACCCCGAAAGCAGAUAUGGCUCUGGUUACAACGAGGGCGAUCGCUUCAACGGCGGCAACAACGACGGAGGCUAUGGCGGCCGCAACGACAACGACGACAGACGUUAUGGUGGCGGCAACAACAAUGAAGGACGCUACGGUGGCGGCAAUGGAGGCUACGGCGGCGGUAACGGUGGCCACGGACACUCUAGUGGAACCUCUUACGGCGAUGUCCCCGGCGGCUCUGACGACUACUCGUCCGCAGCCCACACUGCGGCCCAGCAUGCUGGCGAUUCUGGAGACUCGAACCUGUUCAGCAACGCCCUUGGCAUGCUUUCAGGCCACAAGGCACAACAAGAGGACCUCGAUGAGGACGAUGCCAUGAGACAGCACCAACAGUUCUACGGCGGAGCUGGCCAACCUCACCCAGCUAGCUCUGGCAGCAUGGGCUCAGCUGCUGCUAUGCAGGCCCUCAAGAUGUUUAACCAGGGAGGUAGCUCUUCUGGCAAUGGUCCCAAGAGCCAGAACGACUUCAUCGGUCUUGCCAUGUCUCAAGCUGCAAAGCUCUUCGGUAUGCAGAUAAACCAUGACUUGAAAGACCAAAGCUCCCAGGGUAACGUACACCAGCAAGCCUCAAAGCAGGACGCAAUCUCUUCCGCUGCCCAGAUGGCCCUUAAGAUGUACAUGAAGAGCCAGGGCGGUGGCGGUGGCAGCAGUGCCAGCGGCAUCAUGGGACUUAUGAGCAAGUUCAUGUGA